CUUUCUCUCUCUAGUUCUCCCUGUCUCCACCUCCCUCUCUAUAAACCACCACAGAAGCAGGAAGUGUCUCAGUUCAGAAGAAACGAAACUUAUCUCAGAGUGCUGCUCUCUCUCUCUCUCUCCCUCCCCCUUUCUUUCUUUCUUUCUCUCUCUCUCUCUCUCUCUCUCUCUCUCUCUCUCUCUCUCUCUCUCUGUAAAGUACAGGAAAAUGGCAGAGGCUGGUAUUUUAUCAGAUCAGGACGAGUUCUGCUGUUCAGUCUGUCUGGAUGUUUUGAAGAAUCCAGUGACUGUUCCCUGUGGACACACUUUCUGUAUGGUGUGUAUCAACAACUGCUGGGAUCAGGAGGAUCAGAGGGGGAUCUACAGCUGCCCUCAGUGCAACGAGACCUUCACUCCAAGACCUGUUUUAUACAGGAGCUACAUUGUAGAUCAAAUAUUGGAGAAACUGAAGAAGACAGAUCUUCCAGCUGCUUCUCCUGCUGGAUCUGGAAAGGUGGAGUGUGAUGUCUGCACUGGGAGAAAACUCAGAGCUGUGAAAUCCUGUCUGACGUGUCUGGCCUCCUUUUGUGAAACUCAUCUUAAACCUCACUAUGAAGCUCCUGCUUUAAACAAACACAAGCUGGUCAAAGCUUCCAAACAGCUCCAAGAGAAGAUCUGCUCCCAACACGACAAACCCAUCGAGAUCUACUGCAGAACCGAUAACAGUCCUAUCUGUUAUAUGUGUACGAUGCAUGAACACAAAGGUCACGAUACAGUAGCAGCUGUGGCAGAAAGAACCCAGAAACAGAGUGAGAUAAAGGAGAUACAGGAGAAACUUCAGAGGAAACUCCAGAGGAAAGAGAAGAAGCUGCAGGAGCUGAAGACGGAGAUUAACACUCUUAAGAUCUCUGCUCAGGCAGCGGUGGAGGACAGUGAGAAGAUCUUUACUGAGAUGAUCCGCUCCAUUGAGAAAAAGCGCUCUGAGGUAAUGGAGCUGAUCAGAGAUCAGGAGGAGACUGGACUGAGUGAAGCUGAAGAACUCCUGGAGAAACUGGAGCAGCAGAUUUCUGAUCUGAAGAGGAAGAACACUGAGCUGAACCAGCUUUCCCAAACUGAAGAUCACAUCUCUUUCCUCCAGAGUUUCCAGACUCUCCGUGUUUCUUCUGAACCUGAGGAUUCAUCCAGCAUCUCCAUCCAUCACCAGCUCUCACUUGAUGGAGUGAAGAAAUCCCUCACUGACCUGAAGGAUCGACUGGAGCAAUUCUACAACUGGGAAUUCAGCGUAGUUCCUGCACAGAGUUCCACAGUUGGUGUUCUUCAGACCGUUUCAGCCCCGGAGCCAAAGACCAGAUCUGAUUUUCUGCAGUAUUUCUGUCAGCUACAUCUGGAUCCCAACACACUGCAUCAUUACCUCAGUCUGUCUGAGAAUAAGAGAAAGGUGUGGUUGAAACAAUCAGAGGAUCGGUAUCCUGAUCAUCCAGAGAGAUUUGACUACAGAACUCAGGUGAUGAGUAAGGAGAGUGUGUGUGGACGAGCUUACUGGGAGGUGAACUGGAGUGGUAAGAGUGCUGGAUCCAGUUCAGUCUCAUAUAAAGGGAUCAGCAGGAAAGGGGGUGAUGAGAGUAUGUUUGGACGCAACGAUCAGUCCUGGAGUCUGGAGCAUUCUUAUGUUUAUUAUGAUUCUUUUUCUAGUUAUUAUCGUGCCUCAUUCUGGCACAACAACAUUGAGACCAAACUCCCAUUCAAAUCAUCAUCCUACAGAGUAGGAGUGUACGUGGACCACAGUGCAGGAACUCUGUCCUUCUACAACAUCUCAAACACAGUGACCCUCAUACACACCGUCCAAACCACCUUCACACAGCCCCUCUACGCCGGGUUCAGGUUUGGUUCUGGGUCAUCAGUGAAACUGUGUGACUUGGUAGAGAUUAGAAGUGAAAUAAAGUAGAUUUUUCUUUCAGUUAAAAAUGAUUGUGAUGGAUUUUUGGGUGAAUUCAUUAGUUGUCAUUUUCUACAAAAGUAAAGGUAUAUGCGCCAGUGUGAACUUUAUAUAUUCUACUAAUUGUGUGAGAGGAUUCAGAUGUAAAUCACUCUGGAUAAGAGUUAGAAUAAUUCUGUAAAUGUAAAAUGUUGUAAAACAUCAUAAUUGUGUGAAAUUAAUCAAUAAACUACAGCGUGGAGG